CGCACUUCCGGUAGGGAGGGGUUUACUUCCGGUGGGCUCGUACCGCUGUGUGUCAUGGGCAUGGAGCGGUUUUAUCCCUAAAACAGAUCAAAAGCAAAUAAUCGGAUUGAAUGUGAUUUUAAACUCGAGUUAAUGAUCAGCGGGGAUCUGGUUUACUGUAUACAGGGACAGGAGAGGGACAGCGGGACACAAAAACCUUCAGCACACGGUUGUGAAUGCAGGUUGUGAGGAUGGUGUCAGGGUUACGGUUGUCACGGCAGCAGCUAAAGCGGUUGGAGGAGCACCGGUACAGCAGUGAGGGAAAAUCUCUCCUGGAACCACUCAUGCAGCCGUUCUGGUGCUGGCUGGUGGAAAGAGUUCCUCUGUGGGUCGCUCCGAACCUCAUCACCAUCAUCGGCCUGGUCCUCAACAUCACCACCACCCUCAUCCUCACCUAUUACUGUCCUACUGCUACAGAGCAGGCUCCGAGGUGGGUGUACCUGGCCUGUGCUUUUGGGUUGUUUAUCUACCAAUCACUGGACGCUAUUGACGGUAAACAGGCGAGACGGACCAAUAGCAGCACUCCACUCGGAGAACUCUUUGACCAUGGCUGUGACUCACUCUCCACUGUGUUUGUGAUUCUAGGAACAUGUAUAGCAGUUCAGAUGGGGACGAAUCCUGACUGGAUGUUCUUCUGCUGUUUUGUGGGUGUGUUCAUGUUCUACUGCGCUCACUGGCAGACCUAUGUCUCAGGAACACUGCGCUUUGGAAUUAUCGAUGUGACUGAAGUGCAGAUCUUCAUUAUAACAGUGUACCUGUUGUCUGCGUUUGGAGGAAGUGCGUUAUGGCAGUGUGUGGUUCCGGUGCUAAAUGUAAAGUUGAAGAUGAUUCCUGCCUUCCUGACCUUCCUGGGUGCAGUCUUUUCCUGCACAAACUACUUCCGGGUGAUCUUCAAGGGGGGGAUGGGCAAAAACGGAUCCUCCAUCGCAGGGACGAGUGUUCUCUCUCCAGCGUACCACAUCACAGUGGUGUUGCUUUUGGCUCUGUUAGUGUAUAAAAUAUCAGCUGAGCAACUGUUUGAAAAACAUCCCAGUCUCUUCGUUUUAGCGUUCGGUUUCGGCUCUGCUAAACUCACCAACCGCCUGGUGGUAGCCCACAUGACGAAGAGUGAGAUGCAGCGCAGUGAUUCUGCGUUUGUUGCACCGCUGCUGCUUUUUAUUAAUCAGUAUUUUAACAGCUUUGUCAGUGAGCACGUCCUCCUCUGGGUGGUGCUGGUGCUCUCUGGGUGUGAUCUGGUGUGUUACUGCACAAGUGUGUGUAAGCAGAUCUCCACUCACCUCAACAUUCAAGUGUUCAGCAUUCAGAACCCCAAAACCUGCCGCAACAACCACCACUAAAACACACACACACACACACACACACACACACACACACACACACCACAACAUACUCUCUCUCUCUCUCACACACAC